AUGCAUAUUUACAUAUGCAAGUCAUCCAAGCUUCAAAAAGUUCUUGAGACAGAACUAAUAGUAUUGCUAGACCAGUCUAAGGCAAUAUCAUCAUCAUCUUUGUUGGUGCCGUCAUCAUCAUUAUCAUCAUUUCAAUCAUUUUUGUGUCAUCAUCAACAGCUCUACAAACUGCAUGCUUCGUGUAGCAAUAUUAAAGCAUACAAAUUGUUACCGGUACAUUUGACCCGUUAUGCAUCAAAUCGUACCGUUAAACUAUGUUGGUGUUUGGGACGACUGUGUAACGACUAUCCAUCGACGACGUCAGCUGCUGCCGAAUCGUCAACAGUUUUAGGUGUCCGCAGUAGACGUGAAAAAUUUUUUUUGCAAAUAAUUGUUAUAAUUGUGCUUAUGUUAACUCGUCUGUGA